AGACGCUCUAAUUCAGUCGUUUCAUUGUAAUUAAUCUCUCUCUCCAGCAAUUGAAGCUUUUACAAGUUAUCCAGCAGAGGUGCAAGGACAAAGCUAUCUUAAAGCCCAACUUGGAGAAGCAAUGGAGCCAGCGUUGGUAAUUCUGGUCUUUUCCACCCUAUGCUUAGCCAUAACCCCAACUCUUGCGAUUUCUAUCUCGAAGCCCGGUUGUCCAGAAAUGUGUGGAAAUAUCACCAUUCCGUAUCCUUUUGGAAUUGGUUCCGAAUGCAGUGCAAACUCCUCAUUCACAGUUAUUUGCAAAAGUUCAGCUGGAAACUCGUCUAGAAUGGUGCCAUUCUUGAGCAGUAUAAAUAUGGAAGUAGUGAAUGUUUUUAUCCGCGGUGUGGUUAUAGUGAAUCUGCCCGUGUUGGCUGUGAACUGUUCUGAAGGGCAGAAAAUAAGAGAAUCUGUACCUAUAUCACUCACAGGAAGUUCAUUCACAGUCUCGGCACACUACAACACGGUAGUUGUACUAGGCUGCAAGACUGCUGUGUGGCUUCGUGAUAAUGGAACGGAAGUUGGAGGAUGCUUGGCUAUGUGUGAUGAUGCUAAUUCUACAGAUGUGAACACUUGCCAAACAUCAAUUCCAAGAAGAGUGCAAGAAUUUAAGUUUGCUUACCAAAGUAUUCUAGCCACCAAUAGUAGUUUUUGUGGGUAUGUUUUUCCUGUUGACAAGAAAUGGUUGGAAAAUGAGGAUUACAAAAGGUAUAAAGGCCUUAUGGAUGACCUGUCGAACCCAUUUGAUCACGAGUUUGGAUUUGUGCCUUUGGUACUUGAGUGGGAAUUUGGUAAUCGAAAUGGUGUUUGCGAAUCUUUUUCUAAUUAUGGAUAUCCUUCCUUUGAUAUAAGUAGUUGCAGAGAAACAAAUAGAAAUCCUUAUGAAUACAACUCAUACCAGGCUUAUUUAGGAUCUGAAUGUGGAUCAUUAUCAGAUUAUCAGAUCAGAUAUUAUUAUUAUUAUAGCAGAUAUGAGUAUGUAUCUUCAAAAACAUACUGCACAUGUGGCGGUUAUGAAGGAAAUCCAUAUAUAGUUAAUGGAUGUGAAUAUCUAAUUCCCACCUCCCCUGCUAGUGCAAGAUCUCUAUCCAUCAUUAAAAUAGCAUCCAUUAUUAUCGGCAGUGUCGUUGGUGGGUUGAUUUUACUCACUGCAGCUUGGAAGUUUUGCAAAGUUGUUACAGAGACAGUUAAGGCUAUCAAGGCGAGCCGAAAACACAUGUUUUUUAAGAGAAAUGGAGGCAUUUUGUUGGAGCAACAGUUGGCUGCUGUUGAGAAUGACAUUGAGAAAAUUAGAUUGUUUACUUCCGUUGAGUUGGCAAAGGCUACUGAUGACUACAAUGAGAAUCGAGUACUUGGUCGUGGUGGUGAAGGAAUUGUGUAUAUAGGGAUGUUAGAAGAUGGAAGAAUCGUGGCAGUGAAGAAGUCGGAGAAGGUGAACCAAGGUGACGUGGUAGACUUCAUUAAUGAGGUAGUUAUUGUAUCACAGAUAAACCAUAGGAAUGUGGUCAAGUUAUUGGGGUGUUGUCUGGAAAGUGAAGUUCCUCGUCUUGUCUAUGAGUUCAUCCCCAACGGCACUCUUUUCGAUCAUAUCCAUCAUCCACACGAGGAUUUCCCCUUAUUCUGGGAAAUGAGGGUGAGAAUUGCCAAGCAAGUGGCCGGAGCACUUGCCUACUUGCACUCUGCUGCAUCUGUUCCUAUCUAUCACCGUGAUAUCAAGUCAACCAACAUUCUCUUGGAUGAGAAAUAUCAAGCCAAAAUAUCAGAUUUUGGGACAUCAAGAUCAAUUUCUCUUGAUCAAACUCACGUGACUACCCGAGUGGUAGGCACGUUCGGGUACUUGGAUCCAGAGUACUUCCAGUCAAGCCAUUUCACUGAAAAGAGCGACGUUUACAGCUUUGGAGUGGUGCUGGUUGAGCUCCUGACGGGAGAGAAAGCUGUAUCGGCUGUUAGAGUUGAAGAAGGAAGGGGACUGGCCAUGCAUUUCCUGCAUUCCAUGGAGCAAGACCAGUUAUUUGACAUUGUUGAUGCAAGAGUUCUCAAAGAGGGCAAAAAGGUGGAAAUCGAGGCGAUGGCUGAAAUCGCUAAAAGAUGUCUGCAUUUGAAUGGGAAGGGAAGGCCAACGAUGAAGGAAGUUUCACACCACUUGGAAGGAAUCAAAGUAGAGAUUCCUGAAAAUCAGAUACAAAGCAGUGGCUGUGAUCCUAUUGAAGAUGUUGACUCUGAUGGCCUCUCUUCCAUCUCAGAAGCCGUUGAAUAUUCAUCGUCUGAUGAGUCUUGAGGAAUCAUACUAUGACAUGUUGAGCAAGCAACCAAUGAUUUUCUAUAUCUUGCAGCUAUUUGGAUUCUUAUGUGUGUGUGUGUGUGUGUGUUUCACUUUUCUCUGUUUGUUUAAUACACAGUUUAACUUAUGUG